AUGGCUGCAAGCACAGCAAGAACGGAACGCAAGAUCCUAGUCGCCGUCGAUGAAGGUGAAGAGAGUACUUAUGCUCUCUCAUGGUGCCUCAAGAACGUAGUAACUGAAAAUUCCAAAGAUACCCUUAUCCUCCUCUACGCCCAACCACCUCGAACUGUCUACACAGGCUUGGAUGGAACAGGGUAUUUGUUUUCCUCGGAUAUAUUGGCAACCAUGGACAGGUACAGUAACGAGAUGGCUAACUGCGUUACGGAGAAGGCCAAGAGAAUUUGCAAGGAGCUGAAUAAUGUAAAGGUGGAAACGAGGGCGGAGCCUGGAGAUCCAAGGGACGUGAUUUGCCAGGUGGCGGAGAAGUUGGGCGUUGAUUUGGUGGUGAUAGGAAGCCAUGGCUACGGUCCGAUCAAGAGGGAGGGACUUAGUGAAAUUACAAGAAACUAG